CGAGCAAAGUCUUUGAAAACAAAGCGCGUAGAGACGUGUGUACUGAUGAUGCUGUAAUCUCUCUCUCUGUUUCCAGAUCUCCGAUCGAUCCUCAAUCCCAAUUUCUAGGGUUUCUCCAAUUCCAUCUCCAUCAAAUCUCAAAACCAUGGCGGUUAAGCCCAGGCACGCGCGCGUCGCGGGUCGCAAAACGACGUCGUCGUCCUCGUCCUCGACUCUGGUGCUGACCUUGCUCGUCAUGGUCACCUUCGUCAUUCUCAUUCUCCUCGCCCUCGGAAUCCUCUCCGUUCCGAGCGGCGGCUCCUCCGGCGACUCGCCCAAGGCCAACGAUCUCAGCUCGAUUCUGCGCAACGCCGAGAGGAGUCAGGGAAAUGACGGAAGCAAGGAGCAGUGGGUUGAAGUCAUCUCGUGGGAGCCAAGAGCUUUUGUUUAUCACAAUUUCUUGACACAGCACGAAUGUGAUUAUCUAAUCAAUCUAGCCAAGCCUCGUAUGGAAAAGUCGACAGUAGUUGACAGUGAAACUGGAAAGAGCAAAGAUAGCAGGGUUCGUACAAGCUCUGGAACAUUUCUGGCUAGAGGACGGGAUAAGGUUAUCAGGAACAUUGAGAAAAAGAUUGCUAAUUUCACCUUUCUACCUGUAGAACACGGGGAGGGACUUCAAAUUCUCCACUAUGAAGUCGGACAGAAGUAUGAGCCUCACUUUGACUAUUUUCAGGAUGAAUAUAACACUAGGAAUGGAGGUCAACGUAUAGCUACAGUUCUGAUGUAUCUCUCAGAUGUUGAAGAAGGGGGUGAGACUGUGUUCCCUGCUGCCAAAGGGAAUAUAAGUUCUGUGCCUUGGUGGGAUGAGCUAUCCGAAUGUGGGAAAAAAGGACUUUCUGUUAAACCUAAGAUGGGAGAUGCUCUGCUUUUCUGGAGCAUGAAUCCUGAUGCAACUUUAGAUCCUUCAAGUUUGCAUGGUGGAUGCCCUGUAAUCAGGGGGAAUAAAUGGUCAUCUACUAAAUGGAUUCGUGUGGACGAGUACAAAAUUUGAAAAACUAUACAAGAGGUUAUACAAGUUCUUAUGUUACUGCUGUACUCGUCAAAAUCUCAAGCCCGAGCUCCAUUACCUGUGCUUCCAACUAUCAUUCGUAACCUAGUAAACUGGUGGACACCUGCAUGGCCUGGAGAUUUUGAUGGACUAGUUAUUGCUCUACUAAUUCAAGUUUUGUAUGUGAGCUAUAUUCUUGUUACCACUUCCACUGAAAAAUAAGCAUCCAUAUUUUUCCUUUUUA